UUGAAGAACCCGAAUUUACCGAAUACAUCGAAAAUGUAACUGUACCUGCUGGACGUAAUGUCAAACUGGGUUGCUCGGUUAAAAAUCUUGGCUCAUAUAAGGUCGCUUGGAUGCACUUUGAGCAAUCGGCGAUAUUGACCGUGCACAAUCACGUGAUCACGCGCAAUCCGCGCAUCAGUGUCACGCACGACAAGCACGACAGGCAUCGCACCUGGUACCUGCACAUCAACAACGUCCACGAGGAGGACAAGGGACGCUACAUGUGCCAGAUCAAUACGGUGACGGCCAAAACUCAAUUCGGCUAUCUGAAUGUUGUGGUGCCGCCAAAUAUUGACGAUUCGCUGAGCUCGAGCGAUGUCAUCGUGCGCGAGGGCGCUAAUAUAUCGCUGCGUUGUCGGGCCAGCGGCAGUCCCAGACCCAUUAUCAAAUGGAAGCGUGAUGAUAACUCGCGCAUAGCCAUCAAUAAGAAUCACAUAGUGAAUGAGUGGGAGGGCGAUACGCUGGAGAUAACCCGCAUCUCUCGUCUGGACAUGGGCGCCUAUCUCUGCAUCGCAUCCAAUGGGGUGCCCCCGACGGUUUCCAAGCGCAUCAAAGUCAGCGUCGACUUUCCGCCCAUGCUGCUAAUACCACAUCAAUUGGUUGGCGCACCCGAAGGUUUCAAUGUGACCAUCGAAUGUUUUACGGAGGCGCAUCCCACAUCCCUGAAUUACUGGACACGCGGCGAGGGACCAAUCAUACACGACUCGUUUAAGUACAAAGUCGAAUCGAGCGUCGGCGUGCCCGCGUACAAGACCCACAUGAAGCUGACAAUUAUCAAUGUGGGCAGCGGGGACGAUGGCAUCUACAAGUGCGUGGCCAAGAAUCCCAGAGGCGAGACGGAUGGCAUUAUACGAUUAUAUGUCUCGUAUCCGCCAACGACCGCCUCUUCGGGUCUCUACACAAGUGAAUCUCAUUGGGGCGAGGCUGGCAACAAUAAUUUCGGCUUUGGCAACUCCGAUGCGACGCGUUCCAAUUACGGACACGAUAAGAAUACGCGCUAUCAGUCGAAUUUGAAUGAAAUCGGUUUAUCUGAACAAAAAUCCUUCCUAGAUAAAACACAGAACGCGGCAAACGGAAAUGGUAAUGCGCCCGGCGUCGGCGUCGACAGCGGCGCCGACAGCGACGCCAACAGCGCAGUGGCCAUAGCGUGGCUGGCUUUGCUGUCAACGUUGUUAACCAUGGUGCGCGGACAGGUUUGUGCAAGACUUAGCUUAAGUGUGUGUUAGAGCUACAUAUCCGAAUUAUAUAUGAGGCUAAGGCAACU